AUGGCAUUCGCCGCAACAAUUAGUUUCUGGCUUUUCCUGCUUUUCUCUCUCUCAGCGACCGGCCUUGGCGGCGGCGCAACCUUAGCUCCAGUUAAGCGCGGAUACGAGGGGGACAUCGGCGGCGAGUACGGGUGGGGCUGGGGCGGAGGGGGAGGGGGAGGAGGAGGAGGAGGUGGGCGCGGCGGCGGAGGUGGACGCGGGUGGGGGUGGGGAUGGGGCGGCGGCGGCGGCGGGGGGGGAGACGGGUGGUGGGGGUGGGGGUGCCGGAAACGAGUAAGAGGCGGCGGCCGGGGGAGCGGAGAGAAGCGGCAUAAUCGGUACUUCGACAAGACGAGGCUUGAGAAUUGGAACGAUUACAGGGUUGGGCAGUUUGCGCAGUGCGUGGUGAGAGGAAGGUGCAGAGGGAUGAGGCUAGACUGUCCGCUUCACUGCGGCGGGCCUUGCUUCUACGACUGCCGCUUCAUGUGUAAAGCACACUGCCGGCGACCUUGACCACCUCUUUCCUGCUGCCGUCGAUCGUCUUCCAUCGUUUCAGUUUCUUAAUCUAGAGUUCACUUUCAGGUUUGGAUUUCAAGCUGGUUGCUUUACAUUUUUCCCGACGGGUUUGAAUCGUCUUUAUUUGUUUUCUUCCCUGUAAUAUGCUGCUGUGUUGAACAUUAGGGUUAGCAAUAGAAAUUAUAGAAUAUUGGGGCUUGAAAAUGGCGUCUUCUGUAAUUUACUGCUAGAUUUUUGUUUUUUCUGAAACACUGGGAAAAUUGUGCAUUCUGCGCUGGGUCUCGAGCUGAAGGCGGACAAUGCGUCGGAAGAAGUGUCGUCGUCGUCAACAGCCGACGAGAGGGUGGCGGAGCCGCACAAGAAACAGCGGGAGGCGGUCUUGGCGGCGUCGCCAAAUCACGGGAUCGUGUUCGACGAAAGGUGGAAGAUUGUGGACGAUUUGUAGACUUUGAUAAAGAGAUUGAGGGCAUGUUCGGCGGUCAACCUCUUCAUUAAAAAUUAUUUAGCUACACGUUUAUUGU